ACUGAAAACUGUAUUUAAGCAACUAUUAUGGGUGUAUAGGUGGGUAUAUGGGUGGUAUAGGAAGCUUUUAAUGUCCAGUUUGCUGAUGUCCAAGCAGGGGAACUCUCGUGGGUUGAUGCUAAGGGUCAAUUUGUUGUUUACUCAAAUUGUCACGUAGUCAUUUAUUAACCAGUGAGCUAGCCAAAAGAUAAUGUAUUUUACAGAUCCACACACAAAACCUGAAAUCGCACCUGCUCUGCUUUUCAUCCUAUAUGUCCUAUAUCCUAUAUGAGUGCCAUUCUCAGGAUGUAAGGUUCUGAAAUGAGCUCACCCCUCAGCACUGAUAAUGGAUCAUUGCAUUUCUAUUUAACACACAUGUCAGAUAUUACUACCUCAGCAGAGAGGGCACACAUUUAAAAAAAAACAAAAAACGAAGAUUAACACAAACAUUUUUCACAAUUCAAACUCCUGCAUGUUAAGUCAGUAGCAUACAGGCACACAAACGCACUCUUCUCCAGAGAUGAUGAUGCUGUGCUCUGGUUUGCGUCCUUCGCUCCCUCACCUCUUGACGCUGAGGCUGCUGGGUACAGUGCCCUCCAGGAUGGUGGCAUCCAAGUCGCCCGACCAGCUCUCAACGACUCUGGCCUUUGAGGAUCCCAGCGCCUUCAAGGUGAAGAGUUGGGGCGAGCUGCUGCGUGCUCUGGGUAUCUUCCGCCUCUGUUCCUUCCCUGUGCUGAUUAAUAACUGUGGGAAGCUGAUGUCAGUAGCACGAACUCUGCUGGGGAGGAGGGGGUUCUCCUUGCUGCUGCGGCCCACUGUGUAUGCCCAGUUUGUGGCCGGAGAAAAUGAAAGUGAGAUCUCUCAGUCCAUGGAGAAGAUGAGCUUGCUGGGACUGAGGCCCAUGCUGGCAGUACCUAUUGAAGAGGAUCUGGGAGAGAGCACCGGAGAGAAGAGAUAUGAUGACAACAUGGAUGCCAUGUUGGAAUGUGUGCGGAUGUCCCACAGCAACGCCUGGAGCAAAGACCCGAUGAUGCAGCUGAAGAUCACUGCCCUGCUCAGCCCAGAGCUGUGUGUGAAACUCACCACCCUCAUUGCAAAACAACCAUACAACAUGGAUCUCCUUGUCAGAGCUAUGGACGGAGAGCCAAUAAACUUCCCUGGCUUAGAUGAAAGUGAAGCUGCGCACUUCCUCUGUGGCCUGCAGAGACUCAACAGAAUAGCUGAGGCCAGUGUCAACAAAGUCAGAGUCCUGGUUGAUGCAGAGUACACCUACAUGAACCCCGCACUCUCCCUUGUAACCAUGGCGAUGAUGAAGAAGUUUAACAAAGAUGGUGCCUGGAUAUGGAACACAUACCAGUGUUACCUGAAGGAGUCCAGGUCUCUCCUGUUAGAGGCUCUACGUCUGUCCAAGACUGAGGGUUUCUGUCUGGGAGUCAAGUUGGUGCGAGGAGCCUACAUGGACAAAGAGAGGAAACUGGCAGAGAAAGAGGAUCGCCAAGACCCCAUCCAUAAAUGCUGGGAAGACACCAAUGACAGUUAUAACGGCUCUCUGAAUGUAAUGCUGGACGUCAUUACCCAGAAUCCCGAGCGCUACAGGAUCAUAGUCGCCACGCACAAUGAGGAGUCAGUGAGACGAGCUGCCAAACGGAUUGACGAAUUGGGGAUAGACAGAGAUGGAGGUUCAGUGUGUUUUGGCCAGCUGCUGGGCAUGUGUGACCAUGUCUCCCUCACUCUGGCUAAGGAGGGCUAUGCUGUGUACAAGUCAGUGCCGUACGGCUCAGUGGACGACACGCUCCCCUACCUGGUGCGUCGGGCUCAGGAGAACCGCACCGUGUUGCAGGGAAUCCGCAAGGAAAGGGAUCUACUCAGGCAAGAGUUUAAGAGGAGGCUGAGAGGAGGCAGCUAACAGGCCACCAGCCCAGAGGAGUGAUCAGUGUUAACUCUGCUGAACACACACUAGUAUUAAGGAUCCCAAUCAGGAUAGUAUAUAAAAUCAGAAAGCUGCAUUUGAGCAUUGUUAGUACACCAAAGAAAAAUUAAAAUCCAUGUGCACUUGAGUUUGUAUUCCCUUAUAGAGCUUACAUGAAAGUUAUAUAAUGCUGUACAGUGAUGAAGAACUAAAGCAUGACACUUUUCAAUGGUUUGAUGACAACUGAGAGCAAUAAAUACAUGCAUUAUAAAUGCUUUGUUUGUUGGAGAAGUUGUAAAAUAUAUUAAUAUAAAUUACUUUCAUUUAAAAAUGUUUCUGCUGUACAUUCAAACUGACAAUAUUUCGUGUUUUUUUGGAAUAAAAUACUUAAAUGUA